AUGUAUGAUAUAUUUGAACCACCAUAUAAUUAUUCUUUUAUGGAAGGAGUUGAAACUCCACAAACCUGCACAAGCUGUGAAAAAAUAUUCUCAGUUCUAAAAUUUGAACGAGUUAUGGAAAAUUAUGCAAAUAUGGUUGAGUUCGAUGAUGAUAUGUUCAAUAAUAAUAUUGAAGAUGAAGAGCUUGAUGCUGAUUAUAUUUCUGAUACUGAGAACUUAGAUGAUCUUUUACAAUUCGAUAGUGAAAAUUUGAAGAUUGAAGAAAUGUUAGAUUUCAGCACAUUUUUGGAUAAACAAACAAAUGAAAUAACUUAUAAUAAUUUAGAACUUGAAGAUGAUGAAUAUGAUUAUGAUAUUGAUUAA